AUGGCUGCUGACGUGGCGGCUGACGUGUCUGCUGACGUGGCGGCUGAGGCGACCGUGCUGUGUCGAUUGGCCGAGAGGGAGCGUGCUGACGUGGUGUGCCUGCAGGAGACGAAGCUGCAGGAGAAAGACGUGGGGGAGAUUCAGAAGGCUCUGUCUCCUUCCUUCCCGCACUCGUUCUGGAGCUGCAGCACGGCCAAGCUCGGAUAUUCUGGCACAGCUGUUCUGUCUAAGGUGAGUGGUACCUUAUUUGCUCUCCUUCUGUCUAAGGGCGUGGGGGAGGUUCAGAAGGCUCUGUCUCCAUCCUUCCCGCACUCGUUCUGGAGCUGCAGCACGGCUAAGCUGGGAUAUUCUGGCACGGCAGUGCUGUCUAAGCUUGGAUACUCCGGCACGGCAGUGCUGUCCAAGGCGAGUCAGUGGGACUUGUGUGUUGCUGUAUGGAAGGGCAGGCAGACGGGCGUCCGGGAGAUUGCAAAGGCGCUUUAUCUCCCUCCUUUCCGCACUCCCUUUGGAGCUGCAGCAGUGGAGAGCAUGGCAGUGCUGUCUAAGGCAAGCGGUAUUCUCGCACGACAGGCCAGAGCACGACAUGGAGGGGCGCAUGUGCGCUACGGCAUGGACAAGCCAGAGCACGACAAGGAGGGGCGCGUGGUGACGGUGGGAUAUAAGACAGUCACUGUUGAUUUCACUGUCUUUCCCUUUCAGGUGCCUCCUCUCUCAGUGCGCUACGGCAUGGACAGGCCAGAGCACGACAAGGAGGGGCGGGUGGUGUCCCCCCUCUCAGUGCGCUACGGCAUUGGCAAGCCAGAGCACGACAAGGAGGGGCGGGUGGUGACUGUUGAGUCUUGUCACGGUCGAAUCAAUCGUUUUGUACAUGUGCCAAUCUCCCCCACUUUUCAGGUGCCUCCUCUCUCAGUGCGCUAUGGCAUCAACAAGCCAGAGCACGACAAGGAGGGGCGCGUGGUGACUGUGGAAUUCGCCCCCUUCUUCCUCGUCUGCUGCUACACCCCCAACUCGUCCGAGAAGCUAGUCAGACUGGACUGUCGCACCAAGGAGUGGGACGACGCGCAUGUGGCAUUUGAGUCGACUCAAAAGUCGCAUGUGGCAGACUACCGCACCAAGGAAUGGGACGUCACAUUCGGCAGCUACGUCAAGGAGCUGGAGCACCAGAAGCCGGAACUGGAGAAGCAGAAGCCGGUGGUUGUGACUGGUGACCUGAACUGUGCGUUUGGGGAGAUCGACAUUUUCCACCCCGAGGGCAACCGCAGGAGCUCGGGGUUUACCGAUGAGGAGCGGGCGUCGUUUGCAGCUAACCUGCUGGGCGUGCCCUGGGAAGGGGAAGAGGGGGGAGAGGAGGGGAAAGGGGGAGAGGGAGGAGAGGGAGGAGAGAAGGGUGAGAAUGGAAGUGGAGGGAAGAAGGGGGAAGAGGAGGUGAAAGGGGAGGGUGGAGAUGAGGGGGGAAGAGGCAAGGAACGUGGUUUGGUGGAUACGUUUCGCAGUCAGCAUCCCAAUGCAGUGGCGUAUACCUACUGGGGGUACCGGUCGAAAGCAAGACCUGCUAACAGAGGUUGGCGCCUGGAUUACUUUCUUGUGUCGCAGUCGCUAGCAUCAAGAGAGCACGACUCAUACACCAUGCCAGAUGUGCCUGGCAGCGACCACUGCCCCCUGGGGCUCAUACUGAAGAUGUGA